AUGGCCGUGGCUUCCGGAUCGAUCAAGUCUACUCUGAACCCGAACGCGCCCCUCUUCGUGCCCGCUGCAUUCCAGCAGGUGGAGGACUUCUCCCCGGAAUGGUGGGAGCUGGUGAAGACGACCACAUGGUUCCGCGACUACUGGUUCCACGAGCACCAGGAGCAAGAGACGUUCAACGGCUACUACGAUGAGGACGAUGACAUAGCGAAUUUGCUGCCCGAGUCCUUCGAUCUCGGCAUUGUCGACGACUUCUUGGACUCACACCCACACCCGGAUGAAGAAGAACGGUUCCACCAGCAAUCCGAAGCUGACCGACGAGCGACUGCCAUGAGCGACGACCACAAGCUCCUCAAAUCUGGUAAGAGCCAUGAGCGACAUCCGGCAACCCAAAAAUAG